UUCGUUCUGAGUCGCCCUGCUAACGUCUUGGGUCAACGUGUGUGAGAUAAAUAAAGUAUUAAAGUUAAACUGACACAAACUCAUUUGACAUACCGUAAAGGAAAAUUGUAGCAUACUAAAUCCUACUUUUUUUUAAUUUUGGUGAGAGUAAAAGAAAGCGCAAGGCAGAGUGAGAGACAACCAUAUAUCUCACACGGUUAGGUGGGCGUCAUCCGUCAUAAAACGCCUGGACCGAAUUCUAAGAAAACGGCGACGAACGACAGGGGAACAAUUAGCUUUUAUAGCCUUAAUUUAAGACCACCGUUUAGAGGAAGACAAGCGCGGUAGCUUACUCGGGUAGGCGUGUUCUCGGGGGGCACCCUUUAACUCGGGACGGGACGUCCUGCGCCCUGCACACUUCUCACAGUAGACCGCACUUGUUGCAGUCCUGGAUGUGCAGGCCGGCUUCAAGCUGUAUGCGUGGUCCCUCGGCCACAGACCCGGGCUCGAUCAGUCCCAGGACGGAGACCUGUUUCUCGCCAGAGGAUGGAUCGGUACCAAGUAGCUGCCCUGGUCGUGGGUCUUGUACUGGUGCUGGAGACGACUUGUUUUCACUCACUCGCGGUGUUCCUCCCGGUAGCCCCCAAGGGCAGCAAGGGGACCAAGCUGUUCGACGAACAGGACGCGUCCAAGUAUUUCAAGGAGUUUUACACGUCGCCAUCAAGUGAGAAGCACAACAAGGCUAUCUCCAAAGACCUGGUUGAGCCCCACGACUACAUGCUCUCCAUCUAUAAGACCUUCUCCACGGCCGAGAAGCUGGGGCUCAACGCGAGUUUCUUUCGAUCGUCAAAAGCCGCCAACACAAUCGCCAGCUUUGUCGACAACGGGCAAGACCAGCUCCCCCUCGCCCCGCUGAAGCGGCAGCGGUACGAGUUCGACGUGUCCACGCUGUCGGACCGCGCCGAGGUGUUGGGGGCGGAGCUCCGCAUCUACACCAAGGUCUCGGGGACCCUCCGGACGCUGGACACGGCCGGGCCCGUGGAGCUCCAGCUGAGGUCCUGCUCCGACCAGCAGCUCCUGGACUCCCGGACCCUGGACCUGCAGGACCCCCAGGACCGGCCCAAGUGGGAGGUGCUGGACGUGUGGGAGGUGUUCCGGGAGCGGGGCCGCCACGCGCCGCAGUUCUGCCUGGAGCUGGCGGCCGUGCUGGACAACCCCGAGCGAGAGCUGGACCUGCGGCUGCUGGGCUACCACCGGCAGGGCCGGCCGCAGCAGAAGAAGGCCAUCCUGGUGGUCUUCACCCGCUCCCGCCGCCGGCAGACCCUGUUCAGCGAGCGCCGGGAGGGGAUGGCCCUGGUGGGGCACAAGAGGAGGGGCGGGGGUGGCGGGGACGGUGGGCGAGGGAGGGGGCGGGAGAGGGCGGGAAGGGCGAAAGCCAACAGGAAGCGACGGACCACGGUGGUGGCGGCCGCGAUGUCCUCCUCGUCCUCGUCGCCGUCCUCGUCUUCGUCGUCCUCGUCGGCGGCGGCGGCGACCGCCAAGAACCGCCACGGCAAGCGGCACGGCAGGAAGUCGAAGACGCGCUGCGGCAAGCGGCCGCUGCACGUCAACUUCCGGCAGCUGGGCUGGGACGACUGGAUCAUCGCGCCGCUGGACUACGAGGCGCACCACUGCGAGGGCGUGUGCGAGUUCCCGCUGCGCGCCCACCUGGAGCCCACCAACCACGCCAUCAUCCAGACCCUCAUGAACUCCAUGGGGCCCGGGGACAUGCCCCCGUCCUGCUGCGCCCCCUCCCAGCUCAGCCCCAUCAGCAUCCUGUACAUCGACUCGGGCAACAACGUGGUGUACAAGCAGUACGAGGACAUGGUGGUGGAGUCCUGCGGGUGCAGGUAGUGGGGGCGGUGGUGGGCGGUGGUGGUGCAGGAGAGGGGGGGGGGGGGGGGGGUGGUGGUGGUGGCGUUGGAGGCUGCCGGAGAAGAAGGUGGCUGUGGUGGUGGAGGUGGCAGUGGUGGAGGAGUGAGUGGAGGUGGGAGGAGAUGGUGGAGGAGUGGGAUGAGGUUGAGGCGGUAGGAGGCGGUGGAGGAGAGGGUGGAGGAGGUGGGAGGUGAUGAAGG